AUGACUCAGGCCCCGGCGGGCCGAAACGGGGAUCCGGGGAGGUGGAGAGUGCGGGAGAGUCUGAAAUACCGAUGGAACGUUAGCAGCAAGUGCGGGCCAUGGCGGGAGUUUGAUAGCAGCGAGCUGGUGAGGAAGCUGGCGGGGCGACGGCUGCUGAUUGUGGGCGACUCGCUCAAUGGCAUGCUCUUCGCUGCUCUGCGCAACGCACUGUUCAUGGGGUUCAGCCGCACGUCCAGCCAGAAACGACGAAACCUGCUUCCCAACUGCGUGCCUACGGACAGCCUGCCUGGGUUCUGCGAGCAGUGGGGGAGAGAGAUAGCAGCAGGCGCGCACCACGCGCUGUGCGUGGAGGACACGUGCGCGGAUGCCAGCGUGGCGUUCGUGAGGAGCGACGCCCUGGACCCCUCGCCGAACCUCACCCUGGCUUGGCCGAAGCUGAUCGGCUUUCCGUGGCUGCAUGUGCUGAACGGGACCAGCAAGGGGGGAGAGCAGGAUGGGGGAAAUGGUGGACAGGGCGAAGACACGUCUUCGGAAAAACGAGUUGCGGCAAUUGUACUGAAUCGCGGGGCGCACUAUACAGAGGACGAGCAGCUGGUAUCAGAGCUCAACACCACCCUCUCUGCCAUCCGUGCCAUCGCACCCCACGUGCUCCUCGUAUACCGCAACACGCCCCCCGGCCACGCAAACUGCAAGCACCACUCCAAGCCGCUCAGAUACAGACAAGACGCCGCCCAGCUGCCACACCACUGGGGGGACUUCGGGCGGCAGAACGAGCUGGCGAGGCGGGUGGUGGAGCGGCAUGGGGGUGUAUACUGGGAUGUGGAUACGGCCACGGGGCUGAGACCGGAUGGGCAUGUGAUGCUCAAGGAUGGCAGGGCGGACUGCUUGCACUACUGCCUGCCAGGGCCUGCUGACACAUGGCGCCUCAAAGACAGGCAUGGGGGUGUGUACUGGGAUGUGGAUACGGCCACGGGGUUGAGACCGGAUGGGCAUGUGAUGCUGGCGGAUGGGAGGGCGGAUUGCCUGCACUACUGCCUGCCGGGGCCGGCUGACUCGUGGGUGCGAAUGCUGUUCAACGUUCUAGUUGACCUUCUGUGA